AUGGAGCGCUCGGCGCAAUCGUCGGUCAACAGUCGCCGCACGAACUCGCACUCCGCCCGCGAGACCAUCAAGCGCAACAUGUCCUAUGGGAAACGCACGACUGUGACCGACCAAGAUGCCUACCUCUACGUCCUUCGAGCAGCAUACCUCAACUAUCUGCUCCAGCCACGGCAGAAACGAGUGCAGCACGUUGCCAACACAUCGAAACCCAUCCAGCGGUCGUCGACGUCGAUUCAGGACAUGGUCAAGGACUUCAGCUUGAUACGAGACAACAAGAGCACUCGCUUCCCACAUGGCUUCAUGAACGCGCUGGAUAAGCGAUUGACGGGAGUGUUGGUGGGAUCUGAGAAGAUGCCGGAAUAUGGCGAUGCGAACAUAAAACGGACGUUUGGUGCAUUUCUGAAUGAGUUCAAGAAUCCCACUUUCCGCAAGAGCGUGGAGAAGGACAGAAGAGUAGAGGAUCUGCUGUUGAUUUUCUUCUCCAAGGCUACAAGCGAGCUGCAAAAGGGGAAGAGCGCAGAAGAUGAUGGUUGGAAGCUGAUGGUCGAUCGCCAUGUUGCCCUGUUCGUGAGGUUGAUUAGUGACACGCUUUCGAAGAACGACUGGACGAGAGACAGGCCGGAGUUGACCAGUAGGCUGAAGACUUUGGAAACGAAGUUGCUACAACACGACCAAGAUCUGGCCAGUUCGAGCCAGAGAAACGGCGGUCAGGGAGGCACCACCAUCGAGGUCGAGAUACCACGAUCAUACGAGGUUAGGGACAUGCCGCUGGUGAUCAGAGUGUGCAGGAUAUUCGCGAAGCCAACAGUACAGGCACAGAACGACAUCAACGCGCACAAGGACGAAUGGACGGAGAAGGCAGCACUUCGCGAUCUAAAGGAGUACCAGAACCAUAUCACGCUCAACACUAGAGUGACGCUGACGCCGAACGACUUUGAACUGGAUGGAUCGUAUGAUACUUGGAGGAAGGGUGAGUUCAUCGAUAUAAGCCAAAUGAUGCUGGCCCUGAUCCAGUCGGACCCAUCAUUGGCGAAGGAUACAUCUUCUGGCGGUGGCCCCUCAUAUAAGCCACUUCCGAACGUCCCGAGCGACAGUGCAUACAACGACCUCGCCAGGACGUUGUCGCGGGAAGGAGAUGGCGACUCUAGCUAUGCGUUCGAUCAACCUGUGGACAUGAGCGGAUUGAAUCUUGGUGACUCUUCACCGAGAGACUCUGGUACUGGGUCCCUUGACGGUGGUCAAGCAAAGUUCACAUUCAUCCCGCCCGAUUGGCGCGCAUACUAUCGUCAGGUGCUCAAGGUUGCCUUCACUGCUGAUUCUGUUGAUGACGAAUUUCGACAAGCUGUUGCCGAUGGCACGGCUUCGUCGAGGCUGUUAUCGGAACAAUCGAUGGAAUUGCUGAACGAGGUGGCGCAUAGAUGGCGAGUUCCACCAAUCGCGCGCUUGGUGCUGUUUCUCGAUGUGAUACGUGAGAAGUUCCAGAAUCAAGAAGUCACGCUCGAGACUUUAGACUCGGCCUUCAUGCACGCGAAGGAGCCUCCACUGGAACAGAAGAAGGGCACGAAGACCAAGUCUACUGUCCAAGUCACCUUGUACGACCGUGAUCGAUGGACUGUAGCGGAUGGUUCGUUGAUACGAAAGAUUCUGAGUGAACUACACGACGCUCUACUGCGCGAAAUGUUCGAGAUCUUCCAACACGCAUAUGAGAGUAAGCCUCCGAAUAUCGUGACAGUGAUGGGCGUACUCGAGGAUCACAUCUACGGUGAUACGCUGUUCACCAAGAAUGAAGAAGACUUGAAUGGCUUUGCUGGGUUGAUGACCGAGCGUCUUAAGCAGAAAGCUCGCGAUAAGUACCACGACAUGCUAGCAAAGAACGUGCCCGAUAACAGCGCCGAGUGGGAGUUCUUCCAUGUCAUGGAGCUUGGUAAGGCUGUGACAUCCUUGUGUCAAAAGAUGCAGAAGCGAUAUAAGGGUGCACUGAGACAGGUGAUGGGCGUAGCUCCUCUGCAGAUUCUGGUAAAGGAGAUCCUUCCAUCGUUCGCUGGAGACGCCAAGGAGCUGGUAGCCCGGAUCAUGGAGGUGAACAAGGAGCGAGGCCAGGAAGUGCCCACGCAGGACGGCUUUGACUUGUACAAGGAUCUGGUUGAUAUUCGGAAUGUGUAUGCUCAAGCGUUACCUGGACAGGAAUUCGGCUUCCACAUAGAAGGUCACCUGCAGGAUUUCGUGUGGCGAUGGAUCGCAAUGACCGACAGCAAGAUCAUCGACUGGGUCAACGCCGCUGUGCAGCAUGACAAGUUUGAAGUGCGGCAAGACCAAGCCGCCAAAGAGCGUGGCGAUCCACCAACAGAGGAUGAGCGUCAUUCCUCGAGCGCGAUGGACAUCUUCGUCAGCUUCAACCAGAGCAUCGAUCAGAUUAUCCAAUUGAACUGGGACGAUGAUCUACAGUACGCCAAGUUCAUGACGGCCAUCAGCAAGUCCAUUGGCAAAGGUGUCGCACGAUACUGCGAGCUACUGGAAACCGCCUUUGCGCGAGAAAUGGAUCGACAGACGCACGAACAGGAGGCACGCGCUCAGCAGAAACAGCACGAAAAGUGGCUCGCUGCUGCGCGUGAUGUGUGGGCAACUGGCGGUACGGGACCGAAGAUCGAGCCAUUCCAGUUCUGGCCUCAAAGUUUCGUGAAGAUCAACGACAUUGAGUAUGCGACAAUGCAGCUGGACAAGUUGGAGCAAGAGAUGAAUGUGGAUGCAUGCGUCGCAGCGAUACAAAAGUAUGAACCACCGCCACCGCCAAACGUCCGGAAGCGAGGCGAGAACAAGUUCAUGUUCACCAUCAAGAUCAUCGAGGCAGAGGAUCUCAAGGCCGGUGAUAUGAAUGGGUCAAGCGAUCCGUAUGUUGUAUUAGGUGAUGAAUACCAGAAACGCCUUGCCAAGACUAGGACUGUCUACCAGUCACUCAAUCCGAGAUGGGACGAGACCGUCGACAUCCUGACAACAGGACCGCUGAACGUCAUCGCCACAGUGUGGGACUGGGAUGCUCUCGGGGACCAUGACUGCCUUGGACGCACCAGUCUGAAGCUAGAUCCGAACCACUUCAACGACUACCUACCGCGCGAAUACUGGCUAGAUCUUGACACGCAAGGUCGUGUUUUAGUCAGGGUGACCAUGGAAGGCGAGAGAGAUGACAUUCAGUUCUACUUCGGCAAGGCGUUUCGUACUCUCAAGCGAGCCGAGCGAGACAUGACACGCAAAAUCACCGACAAGCUCUCCGCUUACAUCCAGGAAUGUCUUUCUCGGAGGACGCUACGCACGCUCACUUCCUCGUCCACAGCGACUGUGGCAGGCAUUAGUAUGAACACGAUGCGUGGCUACUUGUCAAAGGUAUCAAGCCAGUACUCGGGACGACCUACAUCGGUCUCGGCACAACCACAACAGAGCAGUGCAAGUCUUGCAGAGUCCGCGAGUAAUGCUUUGAAGCCUCUGUUGCAGUAUUUCGACGAUAAUUUUGCGAUCAUGAAGCAGACGCUGACAGAUAGUGCGAUGAUCAUGGUUAUGACGAGACUAUGGAAGGAGGUGCUUGUGACCAUCGAGGGUCUGCUUGUGCCGCCGCUCAGUGACAAGCUAAGUGCACAGAAGCCUCUCACUAUGCAAGAGGUGGACGUUGUAUACAGAUGGCUGCAGAUCCUUUUCGAUUUCUUCCUGGCCUUCGAUCACGAGCGAGGCGUUGCUGACGGAGUGCCGAUGGACGUUCUGAAAUCGCCAAAGUACCACGAUCUCCAGAACCUCAACUUCUUCUACUUCGAGUCAAGCGACAACCUCAUCCGCACAUCUGAAGGUAUGGCCACCGCCACUGCCGCCCGCCAGCAAGAACAAGCUGCUCGUCUCAACCGCCUUUCUGCACCCGCCGGCUUCCUCUCACCCUCACUUGGCGGUACACGCCGCAGUAAGAGCAUUCUCCAAAGUCGCAACCUCGGCACGAUGCGAAAGGCGAAAGAAGAGAAGCGGAAGGAAGCACAAGCUGAUCCGAACGACGACAUGAUCCUGCGCAUUCUACGUAUGCGUCCUGAAGCGGAGCGCUACCUCAAAGAUCGGUCACGCCAGAAAGAACGACUUGCAGCGGCAGCGGCAGCGGAGGCAAUCGUGCGACAGAGCUUACAAGCGCGGAACCACGGGUACGGCCAAAGUGUUGGCGGCGCACCGAAAAGGCAGCCUGGACGUGGUGGUAUAGGAAGAGCAUGGGGCACAAUUCGUGAGUAA